GGCGCCGGCAGGCAGGCUUUGGGAGGCGGGCCUGACAGACGAGGGGAGAGACCCGAGCGCCGGACGGAAACGCGGCUCCGGCUGCUGGAGGAGCCCCCGCCUCUUGGCUCCUCGUGCGGCGCUCAGCCCCCCUCCGCUCCGACCAUGGCCACACUGAGGGUCCAUCCUGAAGCCCAAGCCAAGGUGGAUGUGUUUCGAGAAGACCUGUGUAGCAAGACAGAGAACCUGCUUGGGAGCUAUUUUCCCAAGAAGAUCUCAGAGCUGGAUGCAUUCCUAAAGGAGCCAGCUCUUAAUGAAGCCAACCUGAGCGUUCUGAAGGCUCCACUGGACAUCCCAAUACCUGAUCCGGUCAAGGAGAAGGAGAAGGAGGAGCGGAAGAAGCAACAGGAGAAAGAAGAGAAGGAUGACAAGAAGAAAGGUGAAGAUGAAGACAAAGGUCCUCCCUGUGGCCCAGUGAACUGCAAUGAGAAGAUUGUGGCCCUCCUGCAGCGCCUAAAGCCUGAGAUCAAGGAUGUCAUUGAGCAACUCAAUCUGGUCACUACUUGGUUGCAGCUACAGAUACCUCGGAUAGAGGAUGGGAAUAAUUUUGGAGUGGCUGUCCAGGAGAAGGUGUUUGAGCUGAUGACCAGCCUUCACACCAAGCUGGAGGGCUUCCACACUCAAAUCUCUAAGUACUUCUCAGAGAGGGGAGAUGCGGUGACCAAAGCAGCCAAGCAGCCCCAUGUGGGUGAUUAUCGGCAGUUGGUGCAUGAGCUGGACGAGGCAGAGUACCAGGACAUCCGGCUGAUGGUUAUGGAGAUCCGUAAUGCUUAUGCUGUGUUAUAUGACAUCAUCCUGAAGAAUUUCGAGAAGCUCAAGAAGCCCCGUGGAGAAACAAAGGGAAUGAUCUAUUGAGCCCCUCUUGUUCUGUGAUGGGUACCCAGUCUUCUUCCUGCUGGGGUUUCCCCUUACUCUGCCUCCAAACACAAUAAAUAUAUGGUUGCCCAUCA